AUGCCGAUGUUCGUUGUUGACACCAACGUGGCCAAAGGCGACGUGCCGGCGGCUCUGCUGUCAGAAGCUACCGAUGAGCUGGCUAAAGCUAUGGGCAAGCCUGCACAGUACAUUGCUGUGCAAAUCAACCCAGAUCGAAUGAUGGUAUUUGGAGGAAAGGGGGACCCGUGUGCACUUUGCUCCCUUCACAGCAUUGGAAAGAUCAGUUCUUCUCAAAACAAGCAGUACUCGAAAUUACUUUGUGGGCUGCUCAACAAACACCUGGGCGUUUCACCUGACAGGAUUUAUAUUAAUUUCUUCGACAUGGAUGGUGCCAACGUGGCCUGGAACAGCUCUACUUUUGGCUGA